CUUCUUUUGAUAAUUAGGCACUGGAGAGCUAUCGAGAGUUUCUGCAGAUUAAUCUAGACGACAUCGAGAACAUCACCACUAUUUCUAUGCGCAAGUCUACUUAUGAAGGUCCAAGCUUGUGUAUUGUGGGAGAAGACUUCAUUAUUCAUCGAGGACAGGAUCGAUAAGUACCACAACCCGCAGAAAACCGUUUGCUGCCCUAUUCCGUCGCUCGCAUAUCUUUCUCAAGCUGAAGGGUAUCACGAACAAAGGUCGUGUGUCUGUAUAACCCUAUGGGACCCCGCAAUCCUCUCCAUUCAUCCCUUUGAUCCUCGGGAGCGAAAACCUGCUAACCUUCUUGCGGCACUGUGGAUGGAAUUUGAGCUGUUCGAAAACAGCCUGAAGAGUAAGACAUCGUCUUCACGGCCGAUCCUAGAUCAUCAGAGAGCCGUCCACUAUGGACUACACCUUGCGGCUUGAUCCUGCGGCGCGUACUAUGUCACCAAUUCUCAACCGGAUGCGCUCAUUAUCCCAUUCAUCGCAGCCCUGGGAUGAUCUGCACUUGGGUCUAGCAUAUCUCUUCCUCUCUUGGCAAUCACACCAAGAAGGCCGAGGUGACCACCAAUUCGAGGCUAUCGUGGAAUGAACUACCAAACCGGGGCUGCGUGUGCUGAGGCUGGGCAGGGCGAACCAAGCUCGCCUGCGGCCGAGAGAGUCACAAACCUACAUGUGCUAGUGCCCGUCUUCCCGUCUUGGUAGCUACCCUUAUGACGGAGAUCGGAGAGCUCACCGACCCGCACAACCUCAAGGCAAACUUGGGGACAUAUAUAGCAACCUUGAUGUCCAGCUUCAUCAGAGACUUUGCUACUGUGCAAGUUACAUCACCCACUUUACAACUGCCCCUCUGUAUCUCAAGCUACACCAAACAGCAACCGCAGAGAUUUCGAUCAUCUUCAUCACCAAAGGCCACCACGCAACCAAGUAGUCAAGAUGCUCACCAACAACAUCCUCACAAUACUAGCCAUCGUCGGCCUCUCAGCCGCCCAGAUCCAAGUCCCGCCCUCCAACGCCGCCGAUUGCCCGCGAACCAUGUGUCUCGACGGCAUCAACCCAGAAUGCGGAAUCCGAUGGGGCGGCUGCUACGAUAUGUGCCAGCCGCAAAUGAAGCCCACCAUGCCGCCUUGCAAGUCCACGCUGAGUAAGUCGACAAUCUCGAGGACAUUCAAACCCUCCUUCACGAGGCCAACCCGGCCCAGCCUGCCGCCCACGCGCAGCCCGACAAUCACUCGAGCACCGCCCAGCUUGACUACUUUACCCACGACGGCGGUCGACAACUGCAGCACGCGUAGCGUGUGUGUUGAUUACAUCAACGAGUGCGGACAGUGGUAUGGCGGAUGCCACGCCGACUGCAAGCCCUGGCCGUCGUACUCCAAGCCUUUGUGCACACCCACGUCCAGCUUGAGUGUUGACCCGUCCACGUUACCUACCGAUUACUAAGGACGCUCGUCAACGCCAUCGGGUUUAUGAAUGGGAUGAAAGAACGAGGAAGCGGUCGAGACGACGUUUGACGAACCUGUAUCAUGAAUAGAUGAUUUCCUUCAC